AUGAAAUGGGAGAAGAAAAGUGAGGCGAAGGUUAUGGAGACUGUGUUGAAUAUCGAAGGUCCCGGUGGAACACUGAAAACAACUCAUUAUCAUUGGAUUGAUUGGCCGGAUCGCGGUGUUCCACCUGCUGAUUUGGCUGUUUGCGAGUUGUUGGCUAAAACGAGGGGUUCCAAGAGCCCAAUAGUCGUUCAUUGCUCUGCGGGAAUUGGUCGAACUGGUUCAGUUGUCAUGAUAGAAUACAUAAUGGAUCAAUUGAUGUCAGGGCAACCAAUUGAAGAAUGUGACAAGAUUCUUCAGAAGAUACGCGAACAAAGAAACAAUUCUAUCCAGACAGAGCAUCAGUAUUUGUUUGUUCAUCAAGUCAUGAUGAACUAUUUUAUGGAGAAGAAAAUGUUCGACAAUGAUGUCAAAAUGGCUCAUCUGAAAUUCACGGAACAAUACCUUAAAGCAGUUAACUAA